UAUAAUAAGCUCGUAGUUGUGGAAGCUCAGGUUGUCAACACGGUGGUCCAUGUGCUACCCAGACCUCACAUCAAGACUCACUCAGUAUAUAUAAGCAAACUUACAUCUUUAAUUACAUCCUUCUUUGAGACUUUGAAAAUGCAGAGUGACGACAUUACAUGGAGUAUCAUAAACAAAACAUUUUGUUCUUUUAAAAUCCAAACAAAAAGCCAAAGGUUUUGCAGAAAUGAAUUCAACCUAACUGGGUUAUGCAGUCGCAGCUCCUGUCCUCUUGCGAACACCCAGUAUGCUACAAUUAGAGAAGAGCAAGGAAUCAUUUAUCUGUAUAUGCGUACUGCUGAAAGGGCAUUUUUCCCAGCAAGGCAAUGGGAAAAAGUAAAACUAUCACGGAACUUUGUUAAAGCAUUGCAACAGAUUGAUGAAAAUCUGGUAUUUUGGAAGAAAUAUUUUCGUCAAAAAUGUCGUCAACGUCUGCUCAAGAUCACACAGUACCUGACGCGUAUGAGGAAUCUUAAACUAAGAAGACAAAAGAAAUUGAUUCCUAUAAGGAGAAAAAUUGAUUUGCGAAUCAAAAGACGUGAGGAAAAAGCUCUUAUUGCAGCCAGGAUUGACAAUGCAAUUGAAAAACAACUUCUACAGAGACUUAAAGAUGGAACCUAUGAGCGCAUCUACAACUUUCCUCAAGAAGCAUUUAAUGUUCGACUUGAAGAUGAGGAUGAAGAAGAGAGCGAUAUUGAGGAAGAAGAGGUGGAUGAGAAAUUGGAAGAAGUUGAAACUGAUGAAGAUGUUGAGCAACAGCUUGAAAAAGAAGUUAUGAAGGAAGAAAGAAGACAAGAGAUGGAUAGCGAUGAUGAGAGUGAGGUGGAGCGUGAGUUUGUAGUAGACUUUGAAGAAAGUGAUGAUGAAGAAAUGGAUUUAGAGGAUGCUGCAGAUAAACUGGCCUUAACCUCUGAAGAAGAGGAAGAAGAUUCUGGUGAUGUUGAUAAGGAAAGCAAUGAAGAUGUGUCAGAAUUUUCCUUUAAGCGCAAGAAAUCAGUAAAACCAAGCAGAGCCCCAAAAGUUGUAAAGCAUCGUAGUAAAGCACGACUAGAAGUGGAAUAUGAAGAACCAGAAACCUCUGAUAAAGUCAAAAUUACAUCUUGAGGGAAAAGCAUUAGGAGUUUCAUUAAUGCUAGUUUAUAUAUUCAAAUUGAAAUAUACACAUCAUACAUUAUUGUUGUAUAUUUAAAAUGUUUCAUGAUUAAGUUUCAUGGACAAAAUCUGUGAAUAACUAAAUUUUAUUAAAUUUCAUUGUUAUUUGUAGCCUUUUAAUUUAAUGCUGUUAAUGUCCCAUGCCUAAAGAAGACCAUUAAAUUGUAGAAAGGCUCUUGUUGCAGAGGAGACCCUUUUAGAUAACAUUUCACUCAGACAGUGGGCUUUAUUAAGUCAUACUAGGAAUACAGCAGCAGGUGGAGAAGUGAGGUUAGGUAUCAUUUGUGGUUGUGAUCUUAGAGGAAAUCCAUAUCACCUCUAGGAUGAGAGUGAAUUUUGGAUUCAGGAGUUAGGUUUUCCCUACACAAAUCUUCCAAUAUUCUUUGGGGUUUCCUUAAUGAUUUCUACAUAUAUCUGUUCCAUGAGGAGUGUGUGUUUGUCUCUGUAUAACAGGCAUAGUUCUAAUUGUAUAUUUUCCUUUCAUACUUGUGUUCAAGUGAUGUUCCACCGUGUAGAAUCUGUUGUUAAUGUUUCUGAAAAUUAGUAAGUUUGCGUGAGUCAUACAGCUGUAGACUAGUGUUUUGCCCACCUUUUGAGAUCUUGUACAUGCCUGAUGGUUGACAUUUGAUCUGGUAAGUUUGCAGUGCAUAUGGUUUUCCAGGAUAUAAGACUCGUGUUAGUUUUGAUGAGUUGGAGAACCUGGGAUUGGUUGUCAGCUACACUACCACUAAAUGAAAAGAUUUGCUGGAUGUUCCCAGUGUUCCCAAUCAGAUUGUUGAGUAUCUGCAGCUUUAUUUCUACAAUUCAAAAUGAACUAAGAGGGAAAAGGUGUGUGUAUAAUACUUUGUUGCUUUAUUCCUGGAAUGUCUUAAUUAAUAAAGGCCCUUGUGUGGGUGAAAAGUUAAUAAUAAAAGGCUUUCUCUGCACCAAAUGUCUUCCUACCAUAGCCGUUAAUUAUACCUGCCAUAUAACAUGACCAUUUUAUGUACAGUGUAACUAAUGGAAAUUUACAUGUCAGUAUUUUUUUUUUUCUUACACGUCAGCCGUCUCCUACCACGGUAGGUGACCAUCAUUCACACAUACUCAGUCUUUCCAGAGACAUCCAGAUAUGACAGUUUAGAUGUCACUCCAAGCAGCCAUUAUCCCAAACCCCUCCUUUAAAGUGCAGGCAUUGUACUUAGUGUCCAAGACUCAAGUCCGGCUAACCGGUUUUCCCGAAUCCCUUCACAAAAUAUUACCCUGCUCACACUGCAACAGCUCGUCAAGUCCCAAAAACUAUUUGUCUCCACUCCUGUUUAACACUAUCACAUAUGCCUGCUGUAUGUCCAAGCUCCUUCUCUACAAAAACCUCUCUUAUCUUCUGUCCUUUCCUAGGAUGACUCCUACCCCUCCUUCCCUCCACUACAGAUUUAUUUGCCCAAGUCAUCCUAAUGUGCUCCAUCCUCUCUAAAUGACCAAGCUACCUCAACAAGCCCUCCUCAGCUCUGAAUAAUACUUUUAGCAACUCAGCACCUCCUCUUAAUUUCCACACUACAAAUUCUCUGCAUAAUAUUUACACCACACAUUGCCCUUAGACACAGAAUCUCCACUGCCUCCGGCCUCCUCCUUGCUGCAACAUUCACAACCCAUGCUUCACACUCGUAUAAGAGUGUUGGUACCACUAUAUUCUCAUACAUUCUAUGGUUUACCUCGUCCUUCAUAAACCCAUCCGCUGACAAAUCUACUCCCAAAUAUCUGAACACAUUCACUUCUUUCAUACUCCCUCCCUCCAAUCUAAUAUCCAAUUUUUCUCUAACUCAUUCAAUACCCACAUCACCUUACUUUUAUCUAUGUUCACUUUCAACUUUCUUCCUUUACACACCCUCCCAAACUCGUCCACUAACCUUUUCAUUACUUACCUUAAACUAUUUGCAUCCUUAGCUUGCAGUUAGUAGUGAAUGUAUGUGUUGUAGGAAGUCUGAAUAAAUGAAGAGUGGGUAUAAAUGAAAACCACUGUAUUAGUGAAACGGUGUAUUAUGAAAUGCUGUAAAGCGGGGCCCUUCUGUAUAAUAAUGUUAUUUGUCCCUCAUUAAAACAUUUUGUACAUGUACUUAAAUUACAAUAUUUUUAUGUAUCCUAGGCAGUAGGUUGUUAAACAGCAACCAUCUAGGGAGGUAUUACCAUCCUGCCAAGUGAGUGUAAAAUGGAAACCUGUAAUUUUUUUAAAUGAUGGUAGGAUUGCUGGUGUCUUUUCUUUUCUGUCUCAUAAACACAGGGAUAAUGGGUUUAUCUUGAUACUGCUACUUAAACUUAUGUCACACUACAUAUUCAUGUUCACUCAUAUAUAUUUACACACCCAUCUGGGCUUUCUCGUAUUUUAUUAAUAGUUCUUUUUCUUCUUUAUUAUAAUCUUAUCUCCUUGGGGAAGUGGAAAAGAAUUAUUCCUCUGUGUUGUAAGAGGCAACUAAAAUGCCAGGAGCAAGGGGCUAGUAACCCCUUCUGUAUAAAUUACUAAAUUUAAAAAGAAAAACUUGUAUUUCUUUUAAGGUCACUCUUCCUUGGUGGGAUAUUGCCGGUUUAUUAAAAACAAAAAAAUUGUAUCUAGUAUUCUAAAUUUAAUGUUAUCUUGCCAAAAUUAAAUUUUUAAAUUAUU